GCCUCUUUUACCGCCACCCCCCUCUCUAUCUGUCCAUCCCAGGGUUUAUCCCCUCAUCACUGAUCUGCCUUCAUCCCACCAAUCCUCAUCUGUUCUUCAUAGGAGCAGUGGAGAGAGUGAGUGACGGAGGAAUAUCACACGGUGUCUGAUACCAAAACUGAAUGAACGGAGGGAGUGUAGUAAGAGGCAGAUUGAACUUAUGACAACGACCCGAGGGAGAGCGCUGGAGGAAGAGUGAUUAAAGAUCUACCCAAACACCUUGAGAGGAGUCUACUGGCGGAUUACCAGCUGUCCCGACGUCUCUCCUCGUUUCUACUGGUGACAGUGCCUAACAACCAUCGCCAUGGGUGAAAUGGAGCAAUUGCGAAAGGAGGCGGACAGUCUCAAAGAUCAGAUCACUGCAGCUCGUAAGACCAUGCAGGACACCACACUGCAGGAGGCAGCAGCUGGGAUCACCGUGGUGGGGCGUGUCCAGCUGAAGACCAGGAAAACGCUAAGGGGUCACCUUGCCAAGAUCUACGCCAUGCACUGGUCCACUGACUCCAAGCUGUGUGUCAGUGCCUCUCAAGAUGGAAAGCUCAUAGUGUGGGACAGCAUCACCACCAACAAGGUGAACGCCAUCCCCCUCAAGUCCUCGUGGGUGAUGACGUGUGCCUACGCGCCUUCAGGAAACCUAGUGGCUUGUGGCGGCCUGGACAACAUGUGCUCCAUCUACAACCUCAAGGGAAAAGACGGGAACGUCAAGGUCAUGCGUGAGCUGGCGGCGCACACAGGUUACCUGUCCUGCUGCCGCUUCCUCAGUGACAGUGAGAUCAUCACCAGCUCAGGCGACUGCACCUGCGUCCUAUGGGACAUUGAGACAGGAACCCAAAAGACUGUUUUCGCUGGACACCAAGGAGACUGCAUGUCCCUGGCCGUGUCCCCAGACUUCAAGUUUUUCAUCUCGGGAGCUUGUGACUACACAGCCAAGCUGUGGGACAUCAGGGAGGGUGCGUGCAGACAGACCUUUGGAGGCCACGAGAGUGACAUCAAUGCCAUCGGGUUCUUCCCCAACGGUAACGCGGUGAUAACAGGGUCAGACGAUGCCACCUGCAAAUUGUACGACCUGCGAGCCGAUCAAGAGCUCAUCACAUACCAGGACUCCAGCAUCAUGUGUGGGGUGACCUCCCUGGCCCCCUCCCUGUCCGGACGCCUGCUGCUGGCUGGCUACGACGACUUCAAUGUCAACAUCUGGGACGCGCUUAAAUCUGAGAGAGUGGGAGUGCUGGCUGGUCACGACAACCGAGUGAGCUGCAUCGGAGUGUCUUCCGACGGCAUGGCGUGUUGCACAGGAUCCUGGGACAGCUUCCUCAAGAUAUGGAACUGAGGCUGUUCCUCAUCGGCGAGCACAAAGAGAGCAGUUAACAUCUGCCUGGGGAAAAGCGAAGAAGAUUACACAGAAAUUGGAGUUUGAGGGAGGGAUGAGGGACGAGGUGCCGCAUAGGGUGAGAAGAGGGUAUUUCAAUUGUGCCAAGUCCUAUCUGAUGUUGGAGAGAGGUUGUAAUGUGAAGAUUUUCUCUUCUCUCCGUCACAUUGCGCUACAACCUUGCUUCUCACGUUAUGGGGGGAAUUCGGGGGUCUCAGAAAAUAUCAUUCCUGUCAAUAGUUAAUUAUACCGUGGUUCACGUUGAUAAAAUGUGCACAUUCGUUGCUGCAAGAUCACCCAAUGAGAACAGUUGCCAAAUGGAAACGGUAGCACACUGGAUGAGAUAGAACUGAAUACGUGUCAAGUCAUAGCGUGUGUAGGGUCAAACAAGCUCUACUAAUAUGCUGUGUUUUAUAUCGAAGCAUCGGUUAAGUCACAUGAAUAUGAGCAUUUGAGUUAUUGUUUUCAGACUAUUGUUUGUUCUUAGUUUUGGUAGAUUCCCUAGAUGCUUACAUUUACUUUCUUUUCAUUUUCUAAUUUUAAUUAAGGAGAUCUAGUUUGCAGAUGUCUACAUUAGUGUUUGAGUUGUUUUGUAUGUGAUUGAUGGACAAUAUUUACCAGGAUUUUGGGUCUCACUAUUUGGCCCAACCCCUCGGUAGCUAGACCUGAAAACUGCUUGGGAUAAACGGCUGAACUGACAGAUGGGAUAAUAAAAUGGUUUUCGUGGUUCACUAAGCACUUACAAAAAUAAGAUGACCUAUUUGUCUCAGGACAGGACUCUUUGUACGGGUGUUGUUUGGAUGAUAACGGCUACUGUGUGCAUAUGAGCAGUACAUCUGAAUGUGUAUAUAACUGCUUAAUUUUUCCCCUGCAUGCAAACAGGUAAACUUGAAGGACAGUUUGUGUACAUACAGAAACAAAAUACCUCCAAGCUCUAACUAGAAUUUGGACUGCCUCUUUUCCAAUACUGGAUACACACUGUGCAAAGUCAAGCAAUAACAAAUAAAACAUGGAAUUCUGCUUCA